CGUGUCCCGUGCGGCCACCGGACAUGCUAGAAACCUUCCCUGCACGUCUCUCUAAAGGCUACCAACCACUCGGUGAUGAUGAGCUAGGACUGGUCUACUUAAAGAAAGAGAAAGGGUCGCCAUGCACGCGGCCAUAGAACGCAACUCUUGGCGACUGCCGCCGGAAGACAUAGUCCAGGUCGCAGAUCCUCGCUCCAAAAAGGCACAGCCUGGUCAGGAGACCGAUGAGGACCUCGUCUACCCUGGAGCCAGUGAGGGCAGGAACUGGUGGAGCGUCGUCCUCAGCCUUCUCGUCAUCGGGCUCGUCAUUGCUGGUAUCCUGACGGCCAUCCACACCCUGGGCUACGUGGACGAGCUGCUGUACUGGAGUGGUCGAAGGAUGACCCUGGACGAGUACCUGCAGGGGGAGCUCUGCCCCUCUCGCCUCCCCCCGGCCUGGGUAUCCCACAGGCACUUCGUGUUCCAGGGGGAUGACGGAGGGUUGAGGGUGUACGACGCCAGAACAGACAUCGUAUCCACCUUGGUCUCAAAUCACACGCUGAGACAACUAAACGUGAAGUGGUUCCAGUGUUCGAGUGAUCUCAAGUACAUUCUGCUGAGGCACAACAUCAAACAGGUGUUCAAGAAUUCCUUCAUUUCACACUACACAAUCUAUGAUGUGGACAAAGACCAUCACAUCCCGGUGCGGCUGAGUGACUCCCCCAAGGUGUCCCAGACGUGGCUGCAGGUGGCGCGGUGGUGCGGCAACACCACGAGAUUAGUGUUGGUGUCAGAUAACGACAUUUACAUACGCUACUCCCCAGGUAGCACCACUGACAUCAGGCUCACUCACACAGGACACCCCAGCCUUAUAUACAACGGGGUACCCGACUGGCUGUAUCAGGAGGAUGUCCUGACACCUCCACAUGAUGCGUUGUGGUGUUCGCCCGACGGGUCGUAUCUGCUAUUUGCGUCGUUCAACGACUCUGAAGUGCGGAACUUCAAUUUCCCAUGGUUCAGCCUCUCCGAGAGUGCCGCAGCCGAGAACGGAGCUACAUUUCCAGCGUCGAGGAGCGUCCGGUACCCUACACCUGGUUCCCCCAACCCAUCUGUCAAGCUGUGGCUAGCUGAUCUCAACAACACCAAAGAAAAGUACAAAGAAGUCCGGCCUCCUGAGGUGUUUGAAGACCAAGACUACUAUCUGACGUCAGCUGGUUGGAUAGACGAUGACAACCAACAAGUGGCAGCUAUCUGGAUGAAUCGGCCCCAGAAUCUUACAAUUAUUAGUAGUUGUAGUACCCCCCACUGGCAGUGUGUUGAGAAACACUCGGAGAGAGCGGAAGGCACGUGGCUGGAGGUCCAGCCUCACCCAGUGUUCUCCCGAGAUGGUAACAGCUUCCUGCUGCUGGCCUCAGUACAGGAGGGAGCGAUCGACACAUUUACACACAUUAAACAUGUGACCCUGACACAGCAGAGGAUAGCAGUCAUCAGUCACGGACACUACGAGGUCACAGAGAUACUGGCCUGGGACUCCAUUAACCAUCUGGUGUACUACCUAGGCACACAUGAGCGUAGUCCUGGGCAGCGACACCUGUAUGUGGUGCAAGACCCUGACACUGACACACCUCUCCAUCUGGAACCUCAAUGUCUCACAUGCGACCUCACCACCUACUUAGGCGCUCGGGCUCGCUCCACCUACAUCAACUGCAGCCACUUCAACGCCUAUAUAAGCCUUAUGCCGCCUGAUGGAGAAAGUCCGGAGGGGAUGAGGCAUUACGUGUUGCUGUGUGAAGGUCCGCAGCUUCCUCUAGCAGGGGUACACAACACAACCAACCACCAGCUGCUGCGGGUGUUGUUCAACAAGAAAACACAAUGCGGAAAGAAGCUCAAUCAGCUGGCUCUGCCCAAGAUGCGCAGCUUUGAGGUGCCUUUGCCACAGGGCUACAGAGCUCAAGUGCAGCUGUUAUUGCCUCCGAGUUGGAGACAGGAAUUAAGGGAUGCUUCCUACCCUGUCCUCGUGGAGGUAAACGGUCGGCCAGGCAGCCAGUCAGUGUCGGAGAAGUUUGAGCUGAGCUGGGGAACGUACAUGUCUAGUAAGAACGACGUUGUGUACGUCAAGCUGGACGUGCGAGGUUCACGAGGUCACGGUAGUCGCACGCUCUACAGACGUCUCGGGGGAGUAGAGGUGCAGGAUCAGAUACAUGCACUCAGGUACAUGUUGGAGGAGUUCAAGUUCCUGGACCAGACCAGAAUAGCUCUGUGGGGCUGGGGCUACGGAGGUUAUGUUACCACAAUGGUCCUGGGCUCACAACAGAAGAUAUUCAAGUGUGGCAUCGCAGUGUCUCCGAUCUCAGACUGGCAGUAUUACAAUUCUGCUUUCACGGAAAGAAUUAUGGGUUACCCGAAUGAAAAUGUGAAGAUGUACGUAGAGGCAGAUGCGACACAGAGAUCCAAACACAUCCCCAGCCACAGCAUCUUCCUGAUCCAUGGUCUUGCGGACAUGACCGUGCCUUAUCAGCACAGUGUCUCACUGGCUCACUCCCUAGCCAAGGAGGAUAUCAUGUACAGAUAUCAGAGCUACGCAGACCAGGGACACGACUUGGUUGGUGUGUUACCUCAUGCAUACAGUUCCAUGGAGGAUUACCUGAGGGAGUGCCUUACACUAGAUUCUGAUGAGAAACAGCUGUUAUAGUUUCCCUCUACAUUGCAGUGAGACUUCUGCCUCUGCGACUGUUCACUUUUUUAUAAAAGUAUAUAAGCGUUGUGGAUGUUCAGAACUUGUUUACUAAAAAAUCCUGAAGAUUUUAGAAAUUGAAAGUUUGAAUCAGGUGAAUGUGAGUUUUUCUGAUAUUGCUAAUAAAAUUGAGACAGCCAAAGGCUUGAAAUAUCUAAUUAGAUGUUAUAACUUUACUCAUUCAAUGUUAAAUAUUUCAAAGUGAUAUGAAAAUAAAUAUUGUGUUGGGGUUUUUUCAAAUAUUUGUAAAUGUUAUAACAAAACCAAAAAGCAAAAAAUGUACUUGGAAAUGGGGAGAAAAACAUGCAUAAUUUCACAAAAGCCUUAUAUAACUAAAUCACUUUUCAAUAAAUGUACCUGAAUAGAUACAGCAAAACACUACAUAGGAUAGAUACUGUUAGCAGAAAACUGUUCUAUAUUUUAUUAGUGAUCUCAAUAAAACUAACCCUUGAUUCAGCUCUUAAAAUUGAACUUUCUUAUUGUUAACAAUAGAUUUUAUACACGCUUGCUAUUUGUAUUUUAAUAUAAUAAUCAUUACAGUAUUUGUUAUGAGUGUAUAAAUUAUAUUUGCAAAUAUGAUUUUAACUAAGUCUUCUCUAACACAAAGCCGCGGAAAACUCACCGGCCUGCUAUGGUAAUAACAAUAUAGGAACGAACGUGUAAACAGAGUACAGUCACAUAUGAAUUAGUGCUACAGCUGUUUCAGUAGGCCAGGAGUGUGGCAUUGUUAACUUUUACCUGCCACAGCCUUGUAUUAGAAGAGGCUGAGUUGUUUUAACGACACCUCACCUCUUUAAAGAGCAUUUUAUAUACUAAAAUUUAAUAAUUUAUUUAUGAAUUUUAAGUUAUAUGUUUGAAAAAUAAGCUGGCUUUGAACAAUUAUGUAAGGCUGCAAAGCACUAAGAUGAUAGCAAAAUUUUUUAAACUUUAUUGUUUUAUUUUGCAAAACUAUUAAAACAAAGUGUCCUCAAUAGUGUAAUGAAGGUGAAUACGACCUGUUAAUAAUCUUAAAAUGUAUCUAAGAGAUUUCAAAUACUUUUAAAUAAAAAACCCCAACAUCAGCAUUUUUGAAUGAACAUUAUUCACUCUAACUCGCCAAAAACAUUAGUUUGCAGAAAUCUAUAUGAAUUAUUAAAAUAUACCAUCUCUUAGUCAAGUGCUGUAUUUAAAUAAACAAUUAAAAUUAUUGUUUUCAUCAAAGAAAUAGCCAAAAUACAUGUGUUAUAAUCAAAAUUGAAGUAAAUUUAUUUCUGAAAAAAAAAUGUCUUUUCCUACUGGUGAAAUAUCAAAUUUUUUAGAUAAAUAAUACUUGAAAAUGAAACGAUAACUGCAUAAAAUAGGAAUAUAAACUCCAAUUUUCUAGAAGUAGCCUAUAUUUAUGGUAUAGGCAACUGUUUUGUAUCUUAAUACACAUCUAUAAAAAUAAAAUUGUUGUCCAUUUCGGCUUGAAGCUCUUCUAAUUUCUGUAAUUUUUACUAACAUUAUUUAUGACUUGUAAAGGAGGUACCAAAUCAACUAACUUUGAAAUUUAUAGUUAUUAUAUUUUACCUUUGACUAACAGUCAAGGAUUUUCCUUUAAGAUUAUUCACUUUACAUAAGGAAUACUCCUGAUAUUUAACACAUUUGCUCCAACGUGGCCAACGGUGGUGCACGAAUGAAAUUUCAGUCAAAAGUAAAUUUGUAUACAAAUUACCAUAGACUAAAAAAAGUGUGUUUAUAGGAAUAAUUAUAUAUAUAUAAAUUUUUAUUUAUCAACUGUACACUACUUCUAAAGUUUCAGUAACAAAAUAAGAUAAUAAUAUGCUAAUUAAACCAUACACCCAUGGUACACAUUGACCUAUAAUCAUAUCAUCUAUCAUCAUGUUGAAAACAAGUACUUUCCAUGACCUUAAAAACAAACUUUAAGCAGUAAAAAAAUACUUUUUAGUUAAAUCUUUUAUAUCAAACAUUUUUUUUUUAAUAAAUAAAAACAUUUUUUGACACUUGGUGUUUUAUUUUUAAUGUAAACUGAAUUUUGUUCAUGUACCACCCGUUGACAUGUAUCAUGUGGCUUCUACAAACACGAAUAAUAGGCCUACAUAGUAAUAACCCCAAAAAAGACUCCGAAAUGCCAUUUUGUUGCAUACAAUCACCAUAGUAGCGGUGUCCACCGGUGGCGCACGUCGGAGUUUUC